CACCUUGACUGGUUGGAGAUCAGAUCCUGAAGUUGCGUUAUGUGAAUGUAGUGGUGGGAAUGGUCGGUUCACAACCCAUUAUUCUGACACUGUAUCACUGUAAAGCGAUACCAACCGCACAUUGAGUGGCUUAGUAAGCAAUUGCAAGGUGGACGAGGUAAUUCGCUUUGGUCUUGAUACUUUUUUUUAAAGCCUGGGGAGAAACAACGUUCAGCUAACGAUAAGUAACGUUAGCCACCAUGUCGUGGGAGAAAAAGCCUUGUUUUGUGGCCUCGCCUGUGCGCAGCUCGCCUCCUGUCUGAUCCCACUGGACAACUAAGAGGAAACUCCGCACUCAGCUGUCAAUGCAGCUAACAGUUAGCAUUAUAAAUUAGUCAACAUCGACGGGUUUCUUCUAGCUUGUUAGCUUGCGAGCUAUGGCGGACAGCUUUGGAGAGCAGUCCAGCGGCGGUGCCCUUGGCUCAGGCGUCACCGGACCGGGCAGCGGAGCCGCGCUGCUGCCCACUUUGGCCAACUCUCUGUCGGUGGGAGCCAGCGGGGCUCACUCCAGCUCCACCCCGGCCUCUCCUCCCCCCGCCGCCGCCGCGCAGAGUGGCCUAACCGCCCUGGUGGCCCCUAUGUCCGCUGUCACUCCUACCCCGGCCGGGUUUGGCAACACAUUUACCCCCAGCUCAUCUCCGCCGGUCGUGGCCGUGUCUCCCACCGUACACGCGUCCUCUCCUCUCCCCGGUGUUGGUCUCGGGGUUGGCGGGGUGGCAGGAGCGGGCCUUCUGUCCCAAAUCCACGCCACCUCCUGGGACCCGACACUCAGUACGGACUGGGACAACGAAAAAGCUUCCCAGCAGUGCAUCCUGAGGAUAAAAAGGGAUAUCAUGUCCAUCUACAAAGAACCUCCACCAGGGAUGUUUGUGGUCCCUGAUCCUCAAGACAUGACCAAGAUCCAUGCCCUGAUCACAGGGCCGUUCGAUACACCAUACGAGGGCGGCUUCUUCCUCUUCCUGUUCCGCUGCCCGCCCGACUACCCCAUCCACCCACCGCGGGUCAAGCUCAUAACCACCGGACACAACACCGUCCGCUUUAACCCCAACUUCUACCGCAACGGCAAGGUCUGCCUCAGUAUCUUGGGGACAUGGACAGGUCCAGCCUGGAGCCCAGCCCAGAGUAUCUCAUCUGUCCUCAUUUCCAUCCAGUCUCUGAUGACGGAAAACCCCUAUCACAAUGAACCUGGCUUUGAACAGGAGCGCCACCCAGGGGACAGUAAGAACUACAACGAGUGUAUCCGCCAUGAAACCAUGAGGGUGGCUGUGUGUGACAUGCUGGAGGGCAAAGUCCCCUGUCCUGAAGCUCUGUGGAGUGUGAUGGAAAAGUCCUUCCUAGAAUACUAUGAUUUCUAUGAGGGCGUCUGCAAAGAGAGACUGCAUCUACAAGGACAGAACAUGCAGGACCCAUUCGGCGAGAAGCGUGGCCGGUUCGACUACCACGGCCUGCUGGCCCGUCUCAGUGCCACCCACAGGCGAAUACGUGAGAAAAGCUUGGCGGAGGACAACCACAACGACGACGAUUCAGACUCAGACACCAGCUCCUCUGGGACGGACCCCGACAGCCAGGGCAGCUCCCAGCCCUGACUCCCUGGACAGUGCUGGACUCAAAGUCAGGCCAAGAACUGAAGACAAAGGGACCUUUUUUUUGUUUUGUUCGCAGCGGAAAAACAAAAUCGCAGAAGAGAGUGUGACGCCUACGUCAAGGUUUAGUGAGUCCAGGGUUAAGGGGUUGGAAUCAAGCUUGUGUUGUAUGGAUGUUUCUGAGAGAGAAGAAUUGAUAGUGUUCUCUUGACCAAUGAAAAAUGAACACGAUCCUCUAGUCAAAUUCUGACAAAUCUGCAGAGGUGCAUUUGUGCUACUGUUGUAGCUAACCAGCUGUUAUUUGAUGUCCUGUUUGUUUAUUCAACUUGUUGCUGCCCUAUCAUGCCUGAUAGAUGUUGAGGCUAACCAGCCAUUGUGCUUGUGGGUAUAAAAGGUUGUUUUGAUGGCUCAAGCCUCUGAAUGCAUACGUACAGAUAUUGCAAAUUUCUUGUUCCACUUUGACCCACAAGCCCAAACAGCCAGUUAAACUCUUUACUGAGGAAAGACUUUCUGAUGGAGAGCAACAAGGAGACGACCUGGGGCUCACUUUGGCUUGGGCCAGAUGAAGGGACCUUAUAUUUGGAAAUUUGUGAAGGUGAUGGUGUUCUCCUUUUAAGUAGCUAUGGGGGUGGGGGUACAGACCUUUAACAAACAGAAGGUAGCUGGAGAACGUGCCUGGGCUUUGCAAGACACCUGCCAUAUCUCCUCUGGCCAGGUUAAAGCCACCACAUUCAGAUCGAACCUCAGCCGCCUCUAUAACCAGCAGCUCAGAAGUCUAAACCCAGUGAUUCCUGUGUAUUAUAAGAACAGUUCUGCUUAGCUUUCACUUUUAAUAGUGCUGUUGAAUUGACCCUUAAUUAGUUUACCAGAUAAGAAGCCGUUGGAGAAAUGUCACUUUCAUUGACAUCCACCCCUUUGUUGUGCUGUUUUCUCAUUGUUAUGCUGAAACUAACGCUAGUUUGCAGUGUGUAGGGUUGCAUUGUUUAUUUGGAGACCCUGCUG